GUUCUUUUUGUGCACAACUUUCUCACCUACCAGUCAAGGCCCGAAAAAGUAAGAAAAAUGAAAGGCUUGGGUACCCACAUUAACCUGAUUAUUUUCCAUAUAAACUCAUUAGCUAUGCACUCCUUCACCAAAUACAAAAAUUCCUUUCCAGAGAAAGUUGGAAAUCACUUGGGUUGAAGGUUAGAUAUGGAGACUAUUUAUUACUCUUCUCAGUCCCCACACCUGGCGUCCGCUUCUAUAUAAUAGACGCACAUACUUCGAUCCCGGCACGCUCAAUUCUCGAAAUCAGUUUCUCAAAAGGAAUUAUUUUUUGUUUUUUGUUUCGAAGAUGACGGUGAUCACGGCUUCUGUAGCUGCAUCCAAGGGCCGAGUCCUGAUCAUCGGAGCCACUGGGUUCAUAGGCCAGUUCGUAGCUGAAGCCAGCCUUGAUUCCGGUCGGGCCACGUAUGUUCUCGCCCGGUCGUUUUAUGCUAGCCCUUCUAAGGCCAAAACCAUCAAGAGUCUCCAAGACAAAGGAGCAACCGUACUACAUCAGGGAGCUAUCAGGGAUCAAGAAUUGAUGGAGAGGUUACUAAAGGAGCACGAGAUAGAGAUAGUAAUAUCAGCUGUAGGUGGAGCCAAUAUUUUGGACCAGCUCACCCUUGUCCGAGCCAUCAAAGCUGUCGGAACCAUCAAGAGGUUCCUGCCUUCAGAGUUUGGGCAUGAUGUGGACAGGGCUGAUCCAGUUGAACCAGGGCUCACCAUGUACAAAGAGAAGCGCGAGAUCAGACGGUUGAUUGAGGAGUGUGGGGUCCCUUACACUUACAUCUUGUGCAACUCCAUUGCUUCUUGGCCCUACUAUGACAACACACACCCUUCGGAGGUUCUUCCUCCUUUGGAUCAGUUCCAAAUUUAUGGUGAUGGCACUGUCAAAGCUUACUUUGUUGCUGGAUCAGAUAUUGGAAAAUUCACAAUGAAAGCUGCUGACGACUUCCGUACCCUUGAUAAAUCCGUUCAUUUUCGGCCGUCCUGUAAUUGUCUCAACAUAAACGAGCUGGCUUCUUUGUGGGAGAAGAAAAUCGGCCGAGUCCUCCCUCGAGUCACAGUCACAGAAGAUGACCUACUAGCUGCAGCGAGAGAGAAUGUAAUUCCACAAAGUAUCGUCGCAUCUUUCACGCAUGACAUUUUCAUCAAGGGUUGUCAGGUAAACUUUUCGAUCGAAGGUCCUAAUGAAGUAGAAGUGAGCGAUCUCUAUUCAGAUGAAUCUUUCAGAACUGUGGACGCUUGUUUCGAUGAUUUCGUCGUGAAGAUGGAAAUUGACAGGCGAAAGAGCGCCAACGAGGGGAUUACUACCAAAAACCAUGGGGUUGAAGUUCUUUCAAUCACAGCAAUGUGUGCUUAAGUUGAUGAGCUUGUGGACAGAUCAAUGAACGACGAGCACCCUCCUAUUUGAGAAUUCUAAUCCGGAUUAUUUUUUUUAUGGCAAGAUGUUAUCAGAAAUAAAAUUUGUGUCCAGUUGUUGCCUUAAGAUUUUAUUGUGAAUUUGCCUUGAAUGCAUGUAUUAAUCGUACUCUAUUGGAGAUUUGGCCUUCGGAUCAUGAAAAUGCACUUUUAGCUGAAUGGAGAAAUUAAGUUCUCCUGUGUAAAAA